AUGAUUCCGUCUACGAUCCCAGCACCGCAUCAGCAGAGAUACAAGAGAAUACCCACAAGAGGGAGCUUAUCAGGUACUUGUCCGGCGUAUGAAAGUGCAGUCUUGGCUGCUCUUGCUUCAGCAGCACCAGCGGCAGCAGCAGCAGUAGCAGCAACAGCAACAGCAGCAGAAGCGGCGGCAGCGCCAGCUGUAUCCCUAGCACCACCCAAUCAACUUCAUCGUGCAUGGCCAGCCCUUGAGCGGGAGGGAAGAAAAAUAGCAGCAAGUCUGCGGAUACACUUGAGCCCCCCCAUAAAACCCUCCCAAGGGUUUAUUGAACCUUCUCUUAGGGGCCCCCCUGCAUUCGCGGGUACUGAGGUUGCUCUAAAGACGCCAUGUGGGGGACCCUCCAAGGAGCCGUCCUCUUGGGUUCAGGGAAAGCUCUGUAGGGAGGCCUCUGUGGGGGCCCCCUUAGCUGGGGGCCCCCUGCGAGGGGCCCCUGUGGGGGGGCAGUGCAACCGCCUGGGGGUGCGCUGGCAGCAGGUGAUGGGCAGGAAAGCGCUGGAGGUUGAGCUUCUGAUCCCGAGUUCUUCAGAGAAGAAUCACAGGCAUCGUGUUUACCUACGCUUCAUGCAGAAGCAGCAGCUGCAACAGCAGCAGCAGCAGCAGCAGCAGCCUUCGCAACAGGAUUUGGAUCAUGGGUGCUGCUGCGGGCUACACAGAUCAUAUGGCAUCUGCCAGCAUGUGGCGGCGCUGCUGCUGCUGCUUUCCCUCACAAAUGUGAGCAGUGGCGAGGAUCCUGCUGCAGCUGAUGCUGCUGCUGCUACUACUGCUGCUGCCAAUCUACCUGCACCAACAGCAGCGGGUCUUGCUGCAGUGGAUUCAGCCGCCGCUCCCACAGGAGAAGCUACACGCUACCCGGGCAUUGGUUCGGCACCAGCAGCAGCAGCAGCAGCUGCUGCUGCUGCUGCUAUUGUUGAUGCCGCUGCUGCUGCCGGAUCCCCUUCAGGUUCAACGUUACCGCCAACGCAGCCGCUGCUUUCGUGGUCGUCCUCCACAGAUCGAAUUUCCCUUAGCCUAUUAGAGGCAGCAGCAGCAGCAACAGCAGCAGCAGAAGCAGCAGAAGUACGAGCGCAAUUCUGCUUAUCGGGAGCACGAGCAGCAGCAGCACUGCCAGGCGAAGGGUACGGGGUACCAGAGCGAUAUCAGCCUCUUGCUGCUGGCAGUGCAGCAGCAGCAGUCGAAUCUGCUGCUGCUGCACUCUCAGCUGCAGCACAAGAAGCUGAAUUUAACAGAGCAAAGGAGGAUGUUGCUGCUGCUGCCUCGUGUCUUUUCCCUUAUGAGCCCCCUAGUGAUUUAGAAACAAGCGCUACGAAAGCAGCUGCAGCACAAGCAGCACCAGAAACAGCAGCAGCAGCAGCAGCAAAUGUGGCAGCAGCAGCAGCAGCAGGAACAACGCCAGCAGCAGCAGCCGCUGAAAUGGAGGGGUACGAGUCUGACAAAUGCUCAGUAGAUGAAAUUGAGAGUGACUGUAACGACCGUCAGCCUCAUACGAGCAGCAGCAACAUGAGCAGCAGACGCAGCAACAGCAGCAGCAAUAGCAGCAGCUGCUGCUGCGGUGGUCUAAGCGUCUGGAGCGUUCUUACGAGGCAGCAUGCAUUAGGGAAGGCAGCAGCUACACCCAUUGCCCACCGCCGCAGCAGCUGGCUGUCAAAGAGCGACAGCAACUGCAGCAACUGCAGCAGCAACUGCAGCAGCAACUGCAACAGCAGUAGCAAGAGACGCAGAAGCAGCAGCAGCAGAUACACACCAGGCAUGCUGUCUAGCCCAUUUGCAUGCAAACACCAACCACGGAAGCUAAAGACUCGCCACUCCCUUACAGAUAUCCCCACAGCGCAGACAGAACCGCAGCAGGAGCUUGAAGAGCAGCAGCAGCAGCAGCAGCAGCAGCUGCAGCAGCAGCUGCAGCAGCAGCUUCAGCAGCAGCAGCAAGCUGCGCGGUGCGCUUACCGCAGGGUGUCAGAUAGUUUUCAGUAUAACAACAGGGGAAUGGUGGGGGGCCCACAGGGGCAGCAGCAACCAGAUGCUCCCUGGUACUAUCCAAACCCUAAACCCUAA